AGCCUAGAGCGGAGAGUGGAUCUGCGCAGGAACUACCUGUGCUACUCCUGUUUUGGCUGAUAAGUCAUAAAGGGAGGCAAAAUUUGCCUUUUUGUGAUUAGUGCAGGGGUUUUUUUUCUGCCUGUCUGUAGCAGAAGGGGACUGAUUGUUGCUCCCCUUGCAGAGAGGGAGCCCAAGCACGCCAUGGGGAGCAGGCCUUUCUCCGGUGCUGUGGAGGCCGGGAGUGGUGCUGCUCUUGUGGCCUGGGGGAACGAGAGACCACACUAAAGCUGGACUGACUGAAAUGCACUAUGGUUGUAAAAAUGUGAACUGAAAUACGACACAAAUAAGAGUUCAGAGGUGCUCUCCCGGAGAGCUAAGUUUGGGAGUGCCUGUCAGCUAAAGCCAACAGUUAAAUAUGCAAUGUGUAUUUAUGAGAGAAAAAGGCUCUGCCAACUAGAUAAAGUGUGCAAAGAUCUUGGAAGAUGGAUCCUGAAAUACAGAAAAUGAGGGAAGUUGUCCUUGUCUACCUUGACAGAAGUGGCGGCCUUCAGAAAUUUGUGCAUGAUUGCAAAAAAUAUAAUGACUCAAAACAAAGUUAUGCUGUUUAUCGUUUCAUUAUUUCAAUUAAUCCUUCUGACAUUGCUGAACUAGAUGCAACUCUUGGAAACUAUAUUCUUCAUAAUCCCCUACAAGCUGCACAGAUUUUUCAGUCAGUAUGCUUUGUAGCUAUUAAGACAUUAUCAUUAAUUGAACAAUUGCAGACAGAAGCCCAGAUCAGUAUAUUGCUGAAACCGACACAUUUGCCACCUUUACCAAGUUAUGUUCUGAGUCUUUCUGCAUAUCCCUUUAAUUACACAUCUCAAAGAUUUUAUAUGUCUGAAGGGAUAGUGAUUGCACUGGGAACUGUAACAAAAUACACACAAGGAGCAAGAUUUCUUUGUACUGAGGAAACCUGCCCAUUCUCUGAAGGGUUUAGGUGCAUCAGAGUGCAUUGUCCUGGAGCUACAGAGUCUGCUACAGUGAGGACUGAUUUUGUGUGUAGCUUGUGUUCUUCACCACUUCAGGAAGACAUGAAAUUUAGAGUACUUGGUGAUAAACAAAUAGUUGAAAUGACUGAUGCUAAAAUUCUGAAUGCUUUGAAAGGAUAUUCCAUUGAUAAAUCAUAUUUUAGGAUUCAGGCAUUUACAUUGUUCUUGAGAGAUGAACUGGCCAAUAAAAUGACAAUAGGAAACCACUACAGGAUUAUAGGAAUUCCAGCUUGUGUACAAAAUGGCUUACAAGUGACUGCAUGUAUAGAAGUCAAUAGUAUACAGCUCUAUAAACCAAAUGGUCCUUCUUUUGUCAGUGACAAUUUUAAGUAUCUGCUCUCACUGACUUCAAGUUCAUGCUGGAGGUUUACUGCUGUCCUGGCCAACAUCUUUGCUUCUCAAGUUGUUCCACCAGGCACUUACAAUACUCUUAAACUUGCAAUAUUGCUGAGUCUAGUACAGACGUGUGAAAAAGAAAAUGCAGAUUAUCUGGAUCUCUUGAUUAUGACAAGUGACACGCUAGUAAUUGACAGGCUUCUGAAUUACAGCUUAUGUCUUCUGCCUCGUGGCAUACGACACCCACCUUCCAGUGACAUUUUUCCUUCUGUGUCCAAAGAUAAACAUGGAACUGGAAGUGCCAGUAUUCAAGCCUGCAGUGCUGUGCUGGCCAAGGGUGGCAUCUGUUACAUAGGAGACUUAAGUUCAUAUAAAAAGGAUAAACUUGAACUUCUACAGUCUGUGCUAGAGAGCAGAACAACAACAGUAUUUAUUCCUGGGAAGAAGUAUGGAGAAGAGGCUGACCAACAAGUUACUGUUUCAGUUCAGACCAACUUUUGGUCCUUUGUAGAUGUGGACUCUUCCUCAAAGAAACAUAUACAAAAGGAGAACUUUCUAAUUGGACAGAUGGAUGUGAGUUUGAUUCCAGUUAACCUUGUAGAUGGUUUUGGGCUCUUGAUCUACAAUGAGUUUCCUUCCUGUCGCCUGUCUUCUCCUGUUGUACAUCAUACUUUGAAAAAAGCCAUUAAUCCUGAAGCCAUGGUGUACAAAGUCUCACAGCAGUUCAGAACACAGGAUUACGAGGAGUUUAUUUUGUUUGCUAGGAAUCUUCAUGUUGAACUGAGUUCAGAAGCAGAAAGUCUCAUUCAGGGCUAUUAUCUUGCAAGUCGCAGGGUGAGAAGAGAUUCCAUUCAUGGAUCAACAGUAUCAGCCUCUGCACUAAAAAUUCUGAUUUCACUGGCUAAGGCUCAUGCCAAGCUCAGUUUAAGACAGAGAGUACUUGAGGAAGAUGCAGUGAUUGCAGUCUUGUUACUCGAGUCAUCGCUGACCCUAAAACAUGGCACAUCUGCACUAUGUGUAGCACCAAAUCCUGUAUUUCCAUUUGACCUCAGUGAUGAAAACUCCCUGCAACAAAGAGAUAUUUACCUCAUGCAGUGUCACCAUCAACUGCUGAAGUUUAUUGCUGCCUAUAGCCCAGGAAUUCACAUUAACACUAAUGAAGAGUAAAAACUCCACUCUAAGUAAAGCCUGAGGCUUUGGCUUUUUGAGAAGCUAGUUAGAAAUACAAAAUUACUAAAAACUUAGAAGACAGUUCAGUGAUGUUUUACCAAGGAAUAAAGCAUAGCUGACAGGACUUGAAUUACAAGUUUUGUGAGUUAUUUGAAGGCACCAGGGAUGUCUUCAUCCUGGAAAGCCAUGGCUUCAGAAUAUAACCCCAGCCAGAACUUCUCUUCCUAGCUACCACUCUCUA